GUUAUGGCAGAGUUUACAGCUCCAGUCUGGACACAAGGGGCUAACUGGACUUAUGACUGCAAGAGAAGAUCAUAUUUGCACUGCAAGCGACAACAGAGUCCACUUCACUGAUGAGGUUCAAAGCAAGCGUCGGAGAGGAGUGAGCUGCUCUCACCAACAGUGCACACCACUGCCAGAGAAGCACAGGCCGAGUGUUCCCUCCUCCUCACAGGAUUAGGUCCUGUCGUCCACAUUUUCUGCUUGGGUUUGUCCACGGAGCAUUCGAAACUGUUUCUCCAACGCUUCUACCAAAAACUUAGACUGUUUUCCAAAGCAGAAGCAGCCCAGCCCCCCCAGCUGGAAGUGAUGGGGAGUGUGCGAAGCCACCGCUACAGCAUUGUGUCCUCUGAAGAAGACGGCAUGAAGCUAGCCACUAUUGCCGUCCCAAAUGGCUACGGAAACGGCAAUGUAAACAAGGGGGACACAGAGCAACAACAUCAGAGCCGCUUUGUCAGGAAAGAUGGCCACUGCAAUGUGCAGUUUAUCAACAUGAGUGAGAAAGGCCAGCGUUACCUGGCAGAUAUCUUCACCACCUGUGUGGACAUUCGCUGGCGCUGGAUGCUGCUCCUUUUCUGCCUGUCCUUCCUGUUGUCCUGGUUGUUAUUUGGUUUUGUCUUCUGGUUAGUGGCCCUCUCUUAUGGAGAUUUAGAGAAUGAGACUCAAAUGUGUGUUUCAAAUGUGGACAGCUUCACUGCUGCCUUCUUGUUCUCAGUCGAGACCCAAACCACGAUCGGCUAUGGUUAUCGCUAUGUGACAGAGGAAUGUCCCAUUGCCGUUUUUAUGGUGGUAUUCCAGAGCAUUGUGGGCUGCAUCAUCGAUGCUUUCAUCAUUGGUGCUGUCAUGGCCAAGAUGGCAAAGCCCAAAAAGAGGAAUGAGACCCUGGUGUUCAGUCACUAUGCUACAGUGGCCAUGAGGGACGGUAAACUUUGCUUGAUGUGGCGGGUGGGAAACCUGAGGAAAAGUCACCUUGUGGAGGCCCAUGUAAGGGCCCAGCUCCUAAAGUCACGCACCACCGCAGAAGGAGAGUUUAUCCCUCUGGAUCAGGUGGACAUCGACGUGGGCUUCGAUAGUGGCAUUGACAGAAUCUUCCUGGUGUCUCCAAUUACUAUUGUGCAUGAGAUUGAUGAGGACAGCCCUUUCUAUGAGAUGAACAAACAAGAGUUGGAAACGUCAGAGUUUGAGAUUGUGGUCAUUCUUGAGGGCAUGGUUGAGGCCACAGCCAUGACCACUCAGUGUCGGAGCUCCUAUGUGGCUGGCGAGAUCCUUUGGGGCCACCGCUUCGAUCCAGUGCUAUUUGAAGAAAAGAACUAUUACAAAGUGGACUACUCUCGUUUUGACAACACCUAUGAGGUUCCCAGCACGCCCAGCUGUAGUGCCAGGGAACUGUCUGAGAAGAAGUCCAAUGCUUCCAGCUUGAGGAACUCCUUUUGUUAUGAGAAUGAAGUGGCUCUUGAAAAAGUUGAGAUGGAGGAGGAGCUUGAGGAGGAGGAAAACAGGCUGAUGAGGGAUGCUGAGGUUGUUGCACUUGGGGACACAAACACAAAUCUGGUGUCAGACUCUGAAUGCAACCUGGACUCUUUGCCUUUAGAGUCUAGGCCUUUGACAGCAGAAUCAGAAAUAUGACUUCAAGUGUAAAGAACCACAGGGUAUGUUGAAGACUGUUUUAACUGGUCCUGGUUGCUGUUUUUAAAUAAUGCAUGACAACUUGAAGGAGAUUUGGAUUUGAGACUAAGAUUCUAUGCAGAAGUUCAUGCACAGAAUACCACUUAAAUAUAAACAUGGUAUAAUAUUUAUGGUGGAAGUGGUAAUAAACUGUAUGCAUGGAGCUGCGGGAUAAAGAGGGUUGCAUGCCAUCAUGUACACACAUUGCAGUUUGUUUCUGUGAAUACUUUCAAACGGGAUCUGAUUUAAAAUGAUUUAGUUUGAUAGAAAGUUGGUUCAGAAAUAAAUUAAUUUGUUUAUUCAGCAGAAUACUCCUUGUUUGCACUUUUUUUGCAUUAAGCAGGUCCUUUUUGUGGGAUAGAUGUCACAUUAGGUUGUGACUAGUUAAAAAAAUUCUGUUUAACCAGAAGUUUUGACAAAGGUUUUGAAUGGCAAAUUAAAUUAACAGACUUUUAAUAUAGUUUUAAGUUAAAAAAUAAAUUCUUGUUUUUAGAAGCUACUAAGUAUAAAACCACCAACACAGAAAUAGAGAACUAUUUGUUAAUGAGCUGGUCUCUUAGCAAAGGUUAAUUCAGUCUUUUUUAACUGUACUGUGUUGGAUUCAUGGUGUGAAAAAGGGAAAUCUUCUUGCACAAAUUAAAAGUAGGCUACACUACACUCCUCAACCUAUCAUCUUGUCUACGUGCAGAAUCUUUUGCAACGUGUGCCUUAACAAAAGUCUCCCUGUAGAGGCACUUAAGUGGUUUGGCUUUGAGCACACACUGCAUUAGAUCUCACUGGAAGAAGACGCAUGAAGAUGUAAAUCAUCGUGCAGAUUGCUGCCACCUCUUACAGGUUUAUGUGUUUUAAUGUGCAAUACUGUUCAGUGGUAGGAAGAGACGAGAAGCUCAUCCCUGAGCCAAGGCUAUGAAUGUUGACGAUAAGUGCUGCUAAGUUACAUAUUGUAUGUUUAGACAGAAAUCUUGGAGCCAAAAUGUGUUAUUUGUCUUUAUUUUCCACUUUGAAGAUUGCAAAUUCAGCCUUUAGUGUUAUUUCUAGUUGUAGACGAGCAUGAUUCUGUCAAGUGUGUUUUCCAAAGCACUUUCUUCCUCACCAGACAUUUCUUUUCCCCAAGAAAAACAGAGACUGUUUUACUACCCAAAGCCAGAUGUGUAAAUAUAUAUGAAACAACUCAAACUUAUGUUAGUUGAUUUCAAACCUGUUUAUUUUUUUUCUCAUCUAAGAGUGGUUGGCUGUUAAGUUGCAGAAUUAUUUAAUUGAUUUUAACAUAGCAUAAUUUAUAUAAACAGCAGUGUUCUUGGCAUGUCAGACGUGCAGAAUUUGGAUGCAUUGUAGUAAACUCUCUCAGUUCACCACUCUGUUUCUGGUGAGAUCAUUUCAGUAUGGACUCUUGCUUUGUCUUAUUAAUCAGGAACACUACUGAUUAUUUCAGUCACAAUCAGAAACCCUGUAGGGAUGAAUACACUUUUUUUCAGUCUUACAGAAGAUUUACUUUUUCCAACUUAUGGUGUUAUUAGAUCAUAUUGGAGGUUGGAUAAUGUCAGUGGAUGCCAGAACACUGUAGUUCCACUAUUCUUGGUUUUUAUUUUUCUACUACUGUCUUCCCACCUUCCUGCAGAAACAAAACUGUACAGUUUUUAUUUUAUUAUUAUUUGCAAAUACUGUAUAGCGAUACUGCAGUUAUUCAGAACUGUUUGUCCUCUUUUUCAAUAAAACAU